AUGGCCCAGUUUGGGGGACAGAAAAAUCCGCCCUGGGCGACUCAGUUUGCCGCUACCGCCGUGUCCCAGCCAGGCCAUACAGGCCACACAGCCCAGUCUCUUGACAUCAACUUGCACUCCCUUGGCGUUCAGCAGCCUUCCCUCCUGGGAGCCUCCCCUGCCGUCUACUCCCAGCAGUCGGCAUUGGCCGCUGCCUCUCUCGGCAACCAAUCCGCAGCCAACUAUCAAUUGUCUCAGCAGACCGCUGCCUUGCAGCAGCAGGCAGCAGCGGCUGCUGCCGCCGCUGCACUGCAGCAGUCGCAGAUCAAUUCAGCCCUCCAGCAGUAUCAGCAGCAACAGCAGCAGCAGCAGCCUCCCCCACAACAACCGCCACAACAGCAGUUGUACAGCGUGCCUCAUCAGCUUCCACAGCCUCAACCGGCACUGCUGUCACAGCCGCCAGUGGCGUUGCCCACGAGCCUGAGCCUGUCCAAUCCCCAGCAGACGGCACAGAUCACCGUGUCCUACCCGACGCCGCGCUCAAGUCACCAACAGCAGCAGCAGCCACAGAAGCAGCGCGUAUUCACUGGAGUGGUCAACAAGCUGCAUGACACUUUUGGCUUUGUGGAUGAAGACGUUUUCUUUCAGUUAAGUGCUGUCAAAGGGAAGACGCCGCAAGUGGGUGACAGGGUGCUGGUGGAGGCUGUGUACAACGCCAAUCUACCCUUCAAGUGGAACGCGCAGCGCAUACAGACUUUACCUCAGCUCGCAAACCAGUCUCAUCAGCAGCAGUCUCAGCCUUUACCUCAAGCUUCCCCGCAGCUGGGCGGUCUUUACAAUGAGCCAGGAAUUCAGCUGCGCUACUCUGACAUGCACCCCGGAGCUGAUGGGAGACAAAAUAACCAUCCUCCACCACCCAACAUGAUGAAGGCUCCCCCCAUACUUCAGUCGCUUCCCCCUCCAACCACGUUCAGUGUUCCGCCCCCGACUCCUCCACCUUCCUUGCUGCAGGCCCAGCUGUCAGCCGCCUCGCUAGGUCCCCUCCUCCAGAACCCUCCUCAGCCUCUGCUGCCACAGCCACCUCCCAAAGAUGUGUUUCCAGGCGGUCUCCUUCAGCCCCCAGUGAGACUCAUGCCACAACCGCAGCCAGUGAGACGGAUUGAGCCUCCUCCGCGCUUUCCUCCUCGCAACGAUCGCCCCCCUGAGCUCAUCCUGCGCAGUAAAGAGGAUCGCAGCCGAGACAGAGAACGGGAGCGCAGGCGUUCGAGAGAGCGCUCGCCUGUGCGGAAACGCUCCCGAGAGCGCUCCCCAAGACGAGAGCGCUCGCCGCGACGGCCACGCCGAGUAGUCCCGCGCUACACCGUACAAUUUUCAAAGUUCAGUUUGGACACUCCAAGCUGUGAUAUGAUGGAGCUAAGACGGCGCUAUCAGAGUCUGUAUAUUCCCAGCGACUUUUUUGGUGCCUCCUUCACAUGGGUGGACGGAUUUCCUCUGACGCGACCCUUUCAGUUCAGCAACGCGUGCAACUUCCACAUUUUGCACAAGGAGGUGGAUCCUUUGGUCAAAAAUACCGCCGUGCUGGAUCCACCUGAUGCAAACCACACGUACAGCGCUAAGGUGAUGUUACUGGCAAAUCCCAGUUUAGAGGAGUUGUAUCACAAAUCAUGUGCCCUCGCAGAAGAUUCACAGGAGGUCAGAGACUCCUUCCAGCAUCCCGCAAGACUCAUCAAGUUUUUAGUGGGAAUGAGGGGCAAAGACGAGGCUAUGGCCAUCGGUGGCCACUGGUCUCCCUCUCUGGACGGCGCUGAGCCAGAAAAGGAUCCCUCGGUCCUCAUAAAGACAGCUAUACGCUGUUGCAAGGCACUCACAGGCAUAGAUCUUAGUCUGUGCACUCAGUGGUAUCGUUUUGCAGAGAUUCGCUAUCACCGGCCAGAGGAGACCCACAAGGGGCGGACAGUCCCCGCUCAUGUGGAGACAGUGGUUUUGUUUCUUCCGGAUGUUUGGCAUUGUCUUCCUACCCGCUCAGAGUGGGAGGCGCUGUCGCGGCGACUCCGGGAGCAGCUGGCUGAGAAGCUGUCGGCCGAGCGAAAGGAGGCAGAUGGAGAACAGGAGGAAGAGGAAAAGGAUGGCGACGAAGCCAAGGACGUCUGCACCCCUACUCACUGGACCAAACUUGAUCCGAAAUCAAUGAAGGUGAACGACCUGCGAAAGGAGUUGGACUGUCGAGCUCUGAGCUCCAAGGGCUUAAAGUCGCAGUUGAUUGCCCGGCUCACCAAGCAACUGAAGGUGGAGGAACAGGUGGAAGAGUCCAAGGAACCCGAGAAGCCUGAAAUUAAGCCUCCUGAGGAAGAAGAGCCAUGCCGCAUGGAGGAGGACAAAGAGGAGGAGGAAAGGAAGAGGCAAGAGGAGCUGGAGCGCCAACGCCGGGAGAGACGCUACAUCCUCCCCGAUGAGCCCACCAUCCUCGUUCACCCCAACUGGGCUGCCAAGAACGGCAAGUUUGACUGCAGCGUUAUGUCCCUCAGUGUGCUGCUCGACUACAGGCUGGAGGACAACAAGGAGACAUCUUUUGAGGUUUCCCUCUUUGCCGAGCUGUUCAAUGAGAUGCUGCAGAGAGAUUUCGGUUAUCGAAUAUACAAAGCCCUUGCUGCGAUUCCCGCCAAGGAUGAAAAGAAGGACAAGGAGAAGAAGGCCAAAAAAGAGGCUGAGAAAAAGGAGCCGGAAAGGAGGGAAUUAAAGAAGGAGAAAGAUGAGGACGUUGACGAACCGAUGUCGAAGAAAGCAAGGGACGACGAUGAGGUUGACAGGCGAAAGCAUAGCGACGACAAGGUGCUAAAAAAGGAGGAGUCACGAGAUGAGGACGAAAACGAAGAUGAUGGUAGCACGGCCAACGCAGAUGAGUACGACCCUAUGGAGGCAGAAGACGCGGACGAUGACGACGACGAUGAUGAAAAAGAUGACGACGACGAUAGAGACAAAAAAGAUCGCAAAGAUGACCGGAAAUCGCCAAAGGACAGGAGUUUGAAAGACAAGGACAAAAGGCAGAUGGUCACUCAUAACAAAGAGUUGCUGAUGGCGUUUGUCUACUUUGACCAAAGUCAUUGGGGUUACCUGUUGGAAAAAGACUUGGAAGAAAUCUUGUACACACUGGGGCUGCACCUUUCACGCGCUCAGAUAAAGAAGCUGCUGAACAAGCCGGUCGUGAGAGAGUCGUGUUAUUACCGCAAACUCACAGACAGGCCAAAAGAUGAGCUUGACGUCUCUCUGACUGAAGCACAAACUGAAAACCUUUUAGGAAACAGAGAGCUACUUCCUAUUUCAAAGUCAUGUGCUCAGUCAGAAACCAAUGAGUCCAGUAAUCUGAUUGUUUACAAUGGAGCCAUGGUGGACCUCAGCAGCCUCAUGCAGAAGUUGGAGAAGAGCGAGAAAGCUCGGGAGGAGAUCGAACAGAAGCUCAUGGUGCUGGACGCCAAGAUGGAGGAAGACGCCAAGGUGAAAGCGCAACUAGAACAAGAAAACAGGUCUUUGUCCAAGGACCUAGAUGAGACCAAAAAUACUCUAAGGCAAACGGAGAAGACUCAAAAGGACGCAGAGGAGCAGAAAAACAUUUACCGCGAACAGUUUGCCAAGACAUGCAAGACCCUAACAGACACGGUCAAAAGCCUGAUGGCAGUGAUGAGAAAGGAUCAUGAUGGAAACGACGAGGAGGAUAUUGUGCAGCUUCAAGUUAAUGGCGGUGAUGAACAGAUCACUUCUUAA